AUGGCCACACCACCCGCUUUCUUCCACGCGCUGCUGCGGCCUGCCAUGCUGCAGAUUCUGCGCGCGACCGGCUACCACGCCACGCGGCCGGCCGUGCUCGACGCCCUCACGGACCUUGCCGCGCGCUACAUGCUGCUGCUGUGCCAGCACACGGCGCACCACGCAGCCAGCAACCACGCGGCCACGUCGCAGGCCGACGACUUCACCGUGACGGACGUGCGCCUCGCGCUGCAGGACGUCGGCGCGCUCGGCGCCGAGCGCACCGUCACGGAGGAGGUGUGGCGCGACGCCGAGGACCUGCGCGGCGUGGACGAGUUUAUUGCCUGGUUUGCCGGGCAGCGCAUGAAGGAGCUGAUGGAGUUUGGCAACGCCGACGGCGAGUCGGACGCGACGGAUUACCUAGCCGUACUGAAAAAGAAGCACAACCAGGCGGCCGGUGACGCCAAGUUUCAGGACACCAUACUCGGGCGGCCCGGCGAGGGCUCGCAGGUGCUCGUCGAAGGCGGACCUGUCACCACGAUUGAGGAGUGGAUCGCGCAGCGCAGCCCGGAGCUGAUGCGCUGCCGCGCUGACGAUGAGGGCGUCAACGGGCAGCAGCGGCCAGGAUCGGCGUCGGGAAGCAGCAGCUCUGGCUUGAGCUCGGUCGAUAGCGACAUGCGCGACAUGACGGGACAUGGCGACUCCAUGGACCUGUCGUAG